ACUUAGGGGGCGUUGUUUCUUUUUUGAAUGCUUUCGUUAUAAGCUGUUUAUCGUCUGUCAAAAAUUUUCACAUGCUUUUUGAUCGAAUCAUUCAGAAAAUAAAGAGAGUACAAUGGUGUUUGGAUUAUUUGAUAAUUAUCAAGCCUUUAAUAAUCAGCAAUAUGAAUCAUUGAAAAAAGAAGCUCAAGAAAGUGGAACAUUAUUUGAAGAUAAAACUUUUUCAGCUGAUGAUUCAUCUCUUUUCUUUAGUGAUCUUCAACAGCAGCAGUUAGAAGGAAACAUUGAAUGGAAAAGACCAGGGGAACUGUGUGAUGACCCAAAGUUGUUCGUUGAUGGUGUUUGCAGCUGUGAUGCUGUCCAAGGAAUGUUGGGUAACUGCUGGUUAGUUGCUGCUUGUUCUGCAUUAGCCCAAGAAAAAGAAUUAUGGAAUAAAGUAAUACCUGAUUAUAAAGAACAAGAAUGGGAUCCUGAAAAUACAAAUAAUUAUGCUGGUAUAUUUCAUUUUCGAUUCUGGCGAUUUGGUAAAUGGAUUGAUGUUGUCAUUGAUGAUUUACUUCCUACUUUGAAUGGACAGUUGAUUUAUAUGCAUUCAAGAGAAAAGAAUGAAUUUUGGGGUGCUCUUCUUGAAAAAGCUUAUGCAAAGAUAUCUGGAAACUAUGAAUGUUUGGAAGGUGGAAAUUUAUCUGAUGCUUUAAUUGAUUUUACUGGUGGUAUUUCUGAAGUGAUUGAAUUACAAAAAGAUGAUUAUAGUAAUGAUGAAGUAAAAAGGACAGAAUUAUACAAAAGAAUGAAGAAAGAAAUAGAACAGCAUUCAUUGAUGUGUUGUGCAUUACAUGCAAAUAGUCAGCAAGAAAUGGAAAUGCAAACUGAAGUUGGCCUUGUAAAAGGCCAUGCAUAUGGAAUAACUGCUGUCAGAAAAGUUGUUAUUGGUGAAUCUGGUCUGAUGUCAUAUUUCACUGGUCGAGAAAAACUGCAAAUGAUACGUCUGAGAAAUCCUUGGGGUGGAAAAGAAUGGACAGGUGCUUUUAGUGAUGGUUCUCCAGAAUGGGAUAAUAUUUCUGAAAGUGAGAGAGAAAAACUUGGAUUAACUUUUGAUGAAGAUGGAGAAUUUUGGAUGUUAUUUGAUGAUUUCUGUUCAAACUUCACUGAUUUAUCAAUAUGUCAUAUUGUAAACACAGCAUGGUAUAGUUUCAGCAAAACAUGUAAUGAAGCAAGAUUCUUUGGUCAGUGGACAGAAGGAGAAAAAGGUACUUCAUUAGAUAGAUGUGGAGGCUGUAUUAAUAAUAAACAUUCUUUUCUACAUAAUCCACAGUAUCGAUUUGACAUUGAUGAUGCAGAAGAUACUGUUAGGAUUUAUUUGAUGCAAGAAGAUAAAAGAUCCCAGAAAAUAGAAGGCUUACAAAAUCUAGCUAUUGGCUUUUACAUUAUGAAGGUUGAAUUAAAUAGACGUUAUCGACUUCAUACUAUCAAAGAAAAGGCUGCUGUGUCUGAAUACAUGUCCAGCCGAGGUGUGUUUCUGAGAGGUACAUUAAAAACUGGAAGAUAUGUAAUAGUGCCAACAACUUUUGAGCCAAAUAAUACAGGAAAUUUUAUGUUAAGGAUAUUUACAAAUAAAGAUGCAGAUGCAGUGUAAGUCAUAUUUAUAUAUUGAACAAAUAGAAUU